UACGAAAAAUCUUCUUAAAUUUGAAAAUGACAUUUACAUUUUACGUGUUAUACUAAUCUAUAAAACAUUCUUUAGAGUUUAAUUAAAAAAUACAAAAAUAAAAAUUUCCAUAAUUAUUAUGUCUUACCAAAGUAUUGUAAUUGAAAUCUUGUUUAAUUAAAUUUUUUAUUGAAUGAGGGGUACUAAGUUGUCUAAAAUUCGAGACCACAUAAUAAAAGAAGAUUCAGAAGUCUUAAGGAUUAGUCAAAGUGAAAACGAAAAAUAUUAAAAAAAUAUAAUUUCGUGAAGUUUUCAUUAAAUCAUUACCUAAUUAUCGCAUUAAACAAGUGUAUUAUUAUCCGAUGUGUCUUCUACAAGUGUUUUUUCUAGUUACACAAUUUCCUUUUGUAAUGAAUGAAGUAAUAUCAUAAUCAUUUUCAAAAAUUUUAUACGAGAUUUAUCUAAACACUUCGUAUUGUCGAUAGUUUUUUAAAUAUUUAAUUAUAUUAUUGAAGCAAUUGCUAUCUAUAAUCAUAUUAUAAAGCACUAAACGAUGCCCCUAUUUGGAAAAUCUCAAAAAGGACCAGCAGAUGUUGUGAAGGCUCUAAAAGAAGCAGUAAAUUCACUUGAAAAGGGUGACAAAAAAGCGGAGAAAGCUCAAGAAGAUGUAUCUAAGAAUCUAGUUCUUAUAAAGAACAUGCUGUAUGGUACAUCUGAUGCUGAACCGCAGGCAGAUAUUAUUGUAGCGCAAUUAGCUCAAGAAUUAUACAAUAGUAAUUUGUUGUUAUUGUUAAUACAAAAUCUAAACAGGAUCGAUUUUGAGGGAAAGAAGGAUGUAGCCCAAGUAUUUAAUAAUAUAUUACGGAGACAGAUUGGAACUAGAUCGCCUACUGUCGAAUAUAUUUGUACUAAACCAGAAAUUUUGUUUACAUUAAUGACUGGGUACGAACAUCAAGAAAUAGCAUUAAAUUGUGGUACCAUGUUACGUGAAUGUGCUAGAUAUGAAGCUUUGGCUAAAAUAAUGUUAUAUUCGGACGAUUUUUAUAACUUUUUUCGAUAUGUGGAAGUAUCUACUUUUGAUAUAGCAUCCGAUGCAUUUUCUACGUUUAAGGAAUUGUUAACCAGACAUAAAAUCCUAUGCGCUGAUUUCUUAGAAAUGAAUUACGAUAAGGUUUUUAGUCAUUAUCAGAGACUUCUUAAUUCUGAGAAUUACGUAACGCGCCGUCAGAGUUUGAAACUUCUUGGAGAAUUAUUAUUGGAUAGACACAAUUUUACGGUAAUGACAAGGUAUAUUUCGAAUCCAGACAAUCUAAAAUUGAUGAUGAAUAUGUUGAAAGAGAGAUCCAGAAAUAUACAGUUCGAAGCUUUCCAUGUAUUCAAGGUGUUUGUAGCUAAUCCUAAUAAACCGAAACCGAUAUUAGACAUUUUAUUACGUAAUCAAGAAAAACUCGUUGAAUUUCUUAUGCGAUUUCACACGGAUCGAGCGGAAGAUGAACAAUUUAACGACGAAAAGGCGUACCUCAUAAGACAAAUUAAGGAGUUGAAACCGAUAGCGGGACAUUAAAUCAAUUCGUAUUCUAUUGCUACCAAUUAUAAUUUGCAAACGUCAAUCUAGGUAUAUCAUUAUUUAUAUAUAGAAAAAAUUGUCUCCACAAUUAUUACUCUUAAAUUCUUCAAGAUUAUUGAAUUAAAAGGAUCCUCAAUUUUUUUGUAGUACCGCUAGAACCUCGGAUUGGGCCUUGUCUUACAACCAUCGCUUUCGGUAUUUUCACUUGGAGUACCAAGUUGUAAUCUUAGAUCAAACGUGAAAUUAUCGUUUUAAGCCUCUUUUUCCUGUUUAUAUUGACUUUACUGAGUUAUCCAAACACUAUCGGCUCUAAUUUUCUCUAUUUCUUUCAUAAAAGACUCCUGGAAGGAUAAGAAUUUUGUAUAUUGCAUUUUAGUAAUAUGGUCUUCUUCUAUAGACUUAGGUUUACUUAAAAUACCAUGAAUCCAGUUUUUUUUUUCACUCUCUUAUGGAUAUUGGGGUAAUAAUUAGAUGUGCUACAUCAAAAAGGUACCACGUAGAAACCUGCACCUACUAACUCGACAGUUUUAUAAGUAAUUUCUGAUGAUUAAUUGUAUUUUGAGUUAUUUUAUAAAAUUUUUUUCAUAUUUGGCAGAUUCGUAAAAUGAAAAAGUUUUAAAUUAUUAAAUAAAGAAGUUGGUUGUGUCGGAUGCCUUUUUGAGGUACUUGAAAUAUUUUUAUAUGUAUUGUAAUAAAUGAUGCGAGACAAUUUGGUUUUUAUAGGACGCAAAUUUGUAUGAAAUUAUUUAAAUAUGAAAACCUUUGAACGCAAUCGUUAGAAAGGCAGCAAACUUUUCGAAGAACCCUUUAGAUGUUUUUUUUUCGCUCUGUUGUUUGGGAAUUUUGGGUAAUUUUAUCAAUUAAUUUUUAUACAUCAAAAUUAGGAGUUUUAUAAUUAUUAUAUGUUCAUAUUUAGUCAACAAUAAACUUAUUGAAAGA